CCGGCGCUAAGUGCUCUGCGAUGGGCAAACAGCGCCGGGGUUGGGUCCCUGUGUCGUGGGUGUGUGGUGGCUGUGGCUCUGCCGUGCCCGUGACACGGGGACGCGUGUCCCCAUCGCAGCGGGUCGGUGCCGCCGCCGGUGUCUGCUGGCGGAGCGCUGUCUGUGCUGCUUACCGUCAGCGGGGCACAUUCAGCUGUCAGCUUAAAAAUAAUCCAGCGCGCCGGCGGCCGGCACAAUGGAGGGCGCAGAUGGGGACGGGUACCCUGGGAAGUUGGGGGCUGGGGGGGGGGAAGGUGCGUGGCCCGGGGUCCCCGUGGCUGUGGGGCACCCGCUGCUGUCACACGUUGGGUCCCUGCAGUGCAGGGAGGGCUCGGGGUGCUGGGGGGGUGUAGGGCGGGGGUCGUGGCUUUGUUGCGCUGUGGUUUCAGGCUGGCUGGGUUGGAGCAUCGCAGCUCUUGGGGUGUCCCCAAGCGCUCCCUGUGCCGCUGGCUUCUGGGGUCGGAGCACCUGGGGCUGCUGCUGCUGGAGGAUGCAGGAGCCCUUCGGUGGGGGCUGUGGGGCUGCUCCGUGCCCUCCCACGUGCCCCGGACCCACGCUGGGACUGUGCAGGACACACACGGGGGUGCAGGGAGCCCCAUUUACCCACCGGCAGCAAAAAGGCCGUGCUCAGCACAGGCGGAGACAAAGGCUUUUUGUGCCUCGGCCCUUUGUGUCCCUCUUCCCUCCCCGCCUGGCUUCUGCCUCAUCUCUCCCCAUUCGUCACCUCGCCACCGGUCCCUCGCAGGGAGACGGAUUCUGAAUUUGAACACCAUGGUUGGGGUGGGGGGGGGGGCGAGGGGGGCAAACCCCACAUACAGCGCAGUGCUGGUGCUGCAGUGUGAGCGGGGCUGGCAGGGAUGGAGCCGAACCCCAGGGCCGUAAUUACUGCUCCAAGAGUGUGGUCUGCUGCUCGUUGUGCUCUGUGCUGCAGAGGGGGGGGGUAGGGGGGGAUGGGGGGUGUGGAUACAGCUGAUGCCCAUCCAGAUGUGCCACCUCGAAGUGCAGAGAUGUCCCUGCUGCAAACCUGGACUUUCUGCCCCACUGUCCCCACCAUGACCAUGACCCCCCCCCCCACCCUCAGUGCAUGUCUCCCUUCUCUGCCACGGAGCCUUCCCCCCGCCCCCCGUGCCCUCCUGGGUUAUCUCACAGACACAAUCCCCUCCUGUAUUCCCUGCUUUCUGUGCUCACCCCCCCUGCUGCCCCCUUCCAGGUCCCAUCCAUACCCCGAGCUCAGCUCAUUCCAGCCCCCCCCUGUUUAUUUUCCCCUCUCCCAGAACAUCACUUUGGGCUCUGGGAGCUGCCGUUCAUGCAGUGGGGCUGCAAGUCAGGAGGGGUUUCCUAGGGGCAGAUCGCAGCCCCCCCCCCCAGCAUGGGGCACAGCGUGACAUCUCCCCAUGAAUGUGACAUCUCCCCAUGAAUGUGACAUCUCCUCGUUGCCCCCACAGCCGACGCCGGGCCGCAGAGAUGGGGCGUCCCCGAAUGACAACGCGCCCCUGGAGGGGGCCUUCCCCUGGGGGGGCCCGAAGACGGUGGUGCUGCGGAAGAGCACGCAGGGGGGGGGGUUCGGCUUCACCCUCCGCCACUUCAUCGUUUACCCCCCCGAGUCGGCGGUGCACUCCCCCUCCAAGGAGGAGGAGAAUGGGAACCGAGCAGGUCCCCCCCGGAGCCGCCUGGAGCCCAUGGACACCAUCUUUGUGAAGAACGUGCGGGAGGACGGCCCGGCGCACCAGGCGGGGCUGCGCACCGGGGACCGGCUGGUCAAGGUGAACGGGGAUAGCAUCAUUGGGAAAACCUACUCGCAGGUCAUCGCUCUCAUCCAGAACAGUGACAAUGUGCUGGAGCUCUCCAUCAUGCCCAAAGAUGAGGACAUCCUCCAGCUGGCCUAUUCGCAGGACGCCUACCUGAAGGGCAACGAGCCGUACUCCGGUGGGGCUCAGAGCAUUCCCGAGCCCCCCCCCAUCUGCUACCCACGCAAGACGUACCCCUUCCAGGCACGGGGCUCCGAGCCCCCACCAGACCCCCGCGCCCACCACCCCGCCGGCCCCUCGUCCCCGCGCAGCGCUGCCCACGGCAAGGCGGGGGGCAGCCCCGCACACCGCCCGGAGGAUCCACGCGCCGGGGGUCCCCCGCAUCAUCCCGCAGCGCCCCGCGGCUGCCCCCAACGCUACGGGGUUCCGCCCGCCGCCCCCUCCUGCUACGGGACCCCCAAGCACGUGGCCGAGCACCGGACUCACUGCGGCCCCCGGGAGGGCAGCGUGCGGGCGCCGGGCCGCCAGGAAUGCCAGCGGGCGCUGUCGCGGUGGUUCUGCAGCCAGGAGCCGCGGCGCAGCGCCUCGGAGGAGCGCCGGCACGCCAUGCCGCCCCGUUCCCGCAGCGUGUCCCAGGAGCGGCUGGGGGGGGGCUCGGCGACCCCCCGGGGUUGGCCCCAUAGCGCCUCGCACGACACCCUCCUGCAGCCCCACCGCGAGGCGUGGGCGCAGCACCGAGCGCGCUCCGAGCAUCACCUGGGCAGGUGCGGGCGCUCCAUGGAAGCUCUGGAACCCUCGGCUCUGCUCUCCCCGCGCCUCGACCGCUCCGCGUGGCGUCCCGACGGGCUCUGCAGGGCCACGGCCGCGGGGCCGCCCGGCGUGCACGGCUCCUUUGUGCCGUCCUCCUCCUCCUCCUCCUCCUCCCCGCGGGACCCGGCGGUGCAGAAGCACCCGUCGCAGCCCAACCUGCAGAGCGUGGACGACGCGGGUUACAUCGGCUACCGCAGCUACAGCCCGUCCUUCCAGCGCCGCACCGGGCUGCUGCACGCCCUGUCCUUCCGCGACCCGACCUUCGGCGGACUGCCCACCUUCAGCAUCGCGCACGCCGCGGCCCCCGCCGCCGCCCGCCCGCCCGAGGAGCGGCGCGAAGAAGUGGUGCUGCGGCAGAAGCCCCCCACGGGCCGCAAGGUGCAGCCCCCGCUGCGGCAGAUGAACUUUGCGUUCGCCGAGAGGGGGAAGGAGGCGGAUGGUUGUGACCCCCCCGCGGCCGGGGGCAGAGAGGAGAGGACGGCGGGCGAGCGGGCGGGCCGGCGCGUGGCCCCGUUGGCGGCCCCCGAGGACUCGCUGGCCUUCAUCCCCUUCAUCGACGAGCCCACCAGCCCCAGCAUCGACCUGAAGGCCAAGCACGUCCCCGCCUCCUCCGUCGUCUCCAGUGCCAUGAACUCGGCGCCCGCCGUGGCCACCAGCCCCUCCUCCUCGCCCACCUUCGCCUUCGCCCUGAGCAGGCACUACUCCCAGGACUGCAGCAGCAUCAAGGCCGGCCGCCGCUCCUCCUACCUGCUGGCCAUCACCACCGAGCGCUCCAAGUCGUGCGACGACGGGCUGAACACGUUUCGGGACGAGGGGAAGAUCCUCAGGAGGAUGCCCAGCCGGGUCCCCAGCCUCCGCAUGCUGAGGAGCUUCUUCACCGAUGGGUCUCUGGACAGCCUCGGUACGUCUGAAGACACCCGCUCCAAACGGCACUCCACCUCCGACCUGUCGGACGUCACGUUCAGCGACGUCAGGAGGGAGGGCUGGCUGCACUACAAGCAGAUCCUCACCAAAAAGGGGAAGAAAGUUGGCGGAGGCCUCCGGCAGUGGAAGCGCAUCUUCGCGGUGCUGCGCGCCCACUCGCUGUACCUGUGCAAGGACAGGCGGGAGGCGGUGAGCUGCGGCCCGGCCCCAGGUGAGGAGGAGCAGCCGAUCAGCAUCCGAGCGUGCCUGGUGGACAUCUCCUACAGCGAGACCAAGAGGAAGCACGUCUUCCGCCUGACGACCGCUGACUUCUGUGAAUAUCUCUUUCAGGCAGAGGAUCGGGAAGACAUGCUGGCCUGGAUCAAAGUCAUCAGGGAGAACAGCAAGGCCGAGGGCGAGGACCCCGGUUUUGCCAGCCAAGCACUUAUCAACAAGAAGCUCAACGACUAUCGGAAAGUGAGCCCGGCGGGUGCCAAGCCCGACUCCUCGCCCAAGGGCUCCCGCGGGCUGGGGAUCAGAGCAGAGUUCCUGAAGCAGACGGGAACCAGCGCGCCCCGGUCCCCGAGGCAGGAUGCGGCCGUCACCAAAGAUGAAAGCAGCUCCCAAAAAGCCCCUUGGGGCAUCAACAUCAUGAAGAAGAACAAGAAAUCUGCCCCUCGCGCCUUCGGUGUGAGGCUGGAGGACUGCCAGCCCGCCCCGGACAACAAGAACGUCCCCCUGAUCGUCGAAGCCUGCUGCAAGGUGGUGGAGGACCGCGGCCUGGAGUACAUGGGCAUCUACCGCGUGCCCGGGAACAAUGCCGUGGUGUCCAGCCUGCAGGAGCAGCUCAACAAGGGAGCCACCGAGAUCAACCUGCAGGACGAGCGCUGGCAGGACCUGAACGUCAUCAGCAGUCUGUUAAAAUCCUUCUUCCGAAAGCUGCCCGAGCCCCUCUUCACCGAUGAUAAAUACAACGACUUCAUUGAGGCCAACCGGAUAGAGGAUGCCAGCGAGAGGAUGAGGACGCUGCGGAAGCUGAUCCGGGACCUGCCAGGGCACUACUACGAGACGCUCAAGUUCCUGGUGGGUCACCUGAAAACCAUCGCGGACCACUCGGAGAAGAACAAGAUGGAGCCCCGAAACCUGGCGCUGGUGUUCGGCCCCACGUUGGUGAGGACGUCCGAGGACAACAUGACGGACAUGGUGACGCACAUGCCCGACCGCUACAAGAUCGUGGAGACCCUCAUCCAGCACUCAGACUGGUUCUUCAGCGACAAGGAGGACAAGGGUGAGAAGACCCCGGUGGAUGAGAAGGAGGCUCAGUCCGUGCCCAACAUCGAGUACCUGCUGCCCAACAUCGGCCGGACCCCGGCGCCCGGUGAUGCUCCAGACUCGACCCACAGCGGCUCCGCCAAACUGAAGGGCACGUGGCCGUCGCGGAAGGAGCCGUCGCCCCGCGAGCUCCCGGCCAUCCCCUUCAUCUCCGCCGUCGCCCGCAAGAGGAAGAAGUGGCACGAGGCCGAGUGCUUCGGCAGCAGCACCGACGACGACGCGGAGCACAGGGACGCGCGGGGCCGGGGGCAGGAGGAGGCCACGGCCACCGCACCGCGAGCCGGCGGCGGAACCCCAGGCACCGGGAAGGAGAACGCCGCGGAACCCGGCGACCCCGGGCAGGAACCGGCAGCCGACGCCCGCUCCAUCGUGUCGGGGUACUCCACGCUGUCCACCAUGGAGCGCAGCCUGAGCUCCGAGGUGCAGUCGGUGGCCGAGAGCCGCGGGGAGGAGGCGGACGAUGAGCGCAGCGAGCUGAGCCACGCCGAGACGGACACGGAGAGCCGAGAGGUGGCGCGGGGCUGCGAUGCGCAGCGAGGGUUGUCCCAGUGA